AUGGCUGAUAUGAGCACUGGCACUUUCAAACAUGAUAUUACAGAACCUCCUAAAUCUAAUCUAGUCUUGCCGUUAUUUUCCCUUAAAGGAAAGACAGCUAUCGUCUCUGGCGCUGGCGCUGGAAUAGGUCUCUCGAUAGCUCAUGCAUUUGGUAUGAACGACACCCCCUAUUUCACAGCUGAAGCAGGAGCCAAUGUUGCGAUAUGGUACAAUUCUAAUAAGAAGGCCUUAGAAGAGGCUGCCAAUGUCGAGAAAACGUAUGGCGUCAAGUGCAAGGCCUACCAGGUCAACGUAUCGACAUGGGAAACGGUUCAGGCUGCCGUUGACGAAAUCGUCAACGAGUUUAACGGCAGACUUGAUAUCUUUGUCGCGAACUCGGGUAUUGCGUGGGAGGACGGACCCUUCAUCGAUGGCCCACUCGAGACGAUGCAGAAAGUGUUGAAGGUAAACAUUGACGGCACCUUGUUUUGCGCACGAGCUGCCGCCCUACACUGGAGGCGACAGAAGAAGGAGGGCACUACUGUCGACGGACAACCGCUAGAGAACUUCAGCUAUGGCAGUUUCAUCAGCACUGCUAGCAUGAGCGGCCACAUUGUCAAUAUUCCCCAGCAGCAGACCGUAUACAACGCGUCUAAAGCUGCGAUCACUCAUGCCUGCAAGUCAUUAGCGGUUGAAUGGGUUGGCUUUGCGCGUGCCAACUCAGUCUCUCCGGGGUAUAUUAAGACGGAUAUUUCCUCCUUCAUUCCUCCCGAGACCAAGAAUGUUUUUAAGGGCAAGAUCCCGAUGGGACGGGAGGGCGAGCCCGAAGAAUUGAAGGGCACUUAUCUAUACUUAGCCUCUGACGCUUCUUCGUAUACAACCGGCGCCUUCUCUCCCCCUGCGGGCUCGGCGCCAGAACAACGCAAUGUUCAGGUCGACAAUGCCAUUCGCGCUAUUCAGGAGAAGAAGCCUCUCCCCGAGAUUGACUUCAGUAUCCAUACUAUGGAAGAUGGUACACAAGUUAGCACUAUGGAACGGGUCUGCAAAGAUGUUCAAGCGCCCGCCACAUUCAAGCCCACCGACGAGCAGUUUUUCGAGGAUGAUACCCAUACGAAACCCAACAUUACUUUUUUGAAGCAGCACUUUUAUCGCGAGGGUCGAUUGACCGAUGAGCAAGCCUUAUGGAUCAUCAAGACCGGCACUGAGCUCCUACGUAGCGAGCCAAACUUACUGGAGAUGGAUGCCCCUAUAACAGUCUGCGGUGAUGUUCACGGUCAAUACUACGAUCUGAUGAAGCUUUUCGAAGUCGGUGGCGACCCGGCUGAGACUCGGUAUCUCUUCCUUGGCGACUAUGUCGAUCGAGGUUACUUCAGUAUCGAGUGUGUUCUAUACUUGUGGUGCUUGAAGAUACAUUACCCAAAAACUCUUUGGUUGCUACGCGGAAACCACGAGUGUCGCCAUUUGACCGACUACUUUACCUUCAAGCUUGAGUGCAAGCACAAGUACUCCGAAGCUAUCUACGAAGCUUGUAUGGAAUCGUUCUGCUCCCUUCCGCUUGCCGCUGUCAUGAACAAACAAUUCCUCUGCAUCCAUGGAGGGCUCAGCCCCGAGCUGCAUACUUUGGAUGAUCUGAGAAAUAUUGACCGCUUCCGGGAACCGCCUACCCAAGGAUUGAUGUGCGAUAUCCUAUGGGCCGACCCCCUAGAGGAUUUUGGUCAGGAGAAGACCAGCGAAUACUUCAUGCACAAUCAUGUGCGCGGUUGUUCGUAUUUUUUCUCCUACCCUGCAGCAUGCGCGUUCUUAGAGAAGAACAACCUACUCUCCAUAAUUCGAGCACACGAGGCUCAAGAUGCCGGUUAUCGUAUGUACCGUAAGACUAGAACUACUGGAUUCCCGAGCGUUAUGACCAUAUUCUCCGCGCCCAACUACCUCGACGUUUACAACAACAAGGCGGCGGUAUUGAAAUACGAGAACAACGUUAUGAACAUUCGGCAGUUCAAUUGCACACCGCAUCCGUAUUGGCUUCCUAACUUUAUGGACGUAUUUACUUGGUCUUUACCAUUUGUUGGUGAGAAGAUUACCGAUAUGCUGAUUGCCAUCCUGCAUACCUGCUCAGAGGAGGAGCUUAAAGAGGAAACACCUCUAUCGUCAUCUCCUGGCCCGCAGUCGCCUCCGCUCGGGGGUCCUUUAUCAGAUCCGGAUCGAUCGAUCGAGUACAAGAGACGGGCCAUCAAGAACAAGAUCUUAGCCAUUGGUCGACUAUCACGAGUGUUUCAGGUACUUCGGGAGGAAUCAGAGAGGGUUACGGAACUCAAGACCGUGUCCGGCGGACGACUACCUGCGGGUACACUCAUGCUUGGCGCAGAAGGGAUCAAGAAUGCUAUUAAUACCUUUGAGGAUGCCAGGAAAGUCGAUCUCCAGAACGAGAGGUUGCCACCUAGUCAUGAGGAAGUUCAGAAGCACCAUGAUGAGGAACGACAGCAGGCAUUGGAGAGGGCCUCCCGGGAGGCUGAUAAUGAUAAGAAGUUACAGACUCUCUCCAGGAGGUUGAGCACGUAA